AUGGAGAACACUGUUGGUAGAUUGUACAACAUGGCAAUUUCAGGCGAUUUCUGGCGAAUGGUUUGGCAAGAAAAAGCGUCAUAUAUCUUUAUGCUCAUUGGGAGAAAGGUUAAGGAUCGAUGUGCUGAAUACUGGCCCCGUCGACCUGAAUCGAAUUCAAUAGAUGUCUGUGGAUUGCAUAUUCAUAACGUAGGGAUUUCGUCCACCCGCGAUCCUGUGUUCCGUGUAACGUACCUUCGAAUAUUGAAUGAUUCCGGUGAAGAGGUUCGUAACGGCUGUAACAAUAGGCUCGUCUACGAGUGA